AUGGAAGACUAUCGGAGCACAGAACAAAGCCCAAAGAAGGAGGCUGAGGUCGCAAGAUUUCCCUUCCAGCGGCAACCUCCCUGGAUCCUCAGCUUUUUGUUUGCAGUGCAGCAUGUGUUGGUGCAGACGGCCCUCUUGCAGACUGUCCACUGCCUCCUCAUCGAUGCCCUCCCAUCAGACCAGACUGCUCGCCAACAUGGCUACCAAUUCAUGGCCACCAGCCUCUUUGCUUCUGGCAUCUCCACUUUGCUGCAAACUACACUGGGCAGCAGAUUACCACUGGUCCAAGCACCAUCUUUCGAAUAUUUGAUCCCUGCCAUAACUCUCGUCUCAUCGCCCACAGAGACCAAUAGCAGCCAUCAUAACGUCAGCUUGGAUCAAGGCCAAAGGGGCAGGAGCCUGAACACUAGCCGGAGUCAGAGCUCCUCUUGUUGGUCGUUCACUGCAUCAGGAACUGAACCUCACACACCAGAAAGGAGCCACCUCCCAUCCCUGGUCUCCGCUUCAUGGGUACGUGGCGCCAUCGUUGUUUCGGGAAUUCUACAAGCGUUCCUGGGAUUUUCGGGACUGCAGGGCCUGGUGUUCCGACGUUGUGGUCCCAUGGUGCUGGCUCCCAUGCUGUCAAUAAUUGGCCUGUCCUGCUACAAAGAGGUGGCACAUUUCAGCUCAUUGCACUGGGGUGUAACUGCUCUGCUGGUCCUCCAGGUGAUGCUCCUGUCCCAACACCUAUGCAGCUGCCACAUUCCCAUUUGCAGGUGGAAGAGAUCCAAAGGCUUUGUCGUCGAGACCUACUUCCCGCUUUUCAGGAUAUUUUCGGUAUGGAUUGCAGACUUCCCAUCCGGGGCCAUGGGUUUUAAAGGGAAAGGGUCUCCCGAACUAUUACCAGGCGAGUGGGGUGCCCCUACGAUCAACGUCCGGUCAACCUACAUUGGAGUCAUCAUGGCGCUGGGCACCAGCAUCGGUUCGCUGGGGUGCUACGUGAUGUGUGCGAAGGUAAUGGGCUGCCUGCACCCCCCUCGAGAUGCUGUUAACCGAGGGAUUUUCCUGGAGGGACUGGGAAGCUGCAUUGGCGCAUUCUUGGGAGGGAUCACUGCAACGUCUUCCAGUGUCGUCAACGUCGGAGCGUUGGCACUCACCCAGGCUGAAUCCCGGCAUUCUGUUCAGAUUGCAGCCGUGCUCUGUAUCCUGCUCGGAAUGUCAGCCAAGUUGACAUACAUUCUAACGACCAUCCCAGCUGCCGUUCAUGGUGGGGUCCUCAGUGUUACUUACACGAUGGCGGUGUCUGUCGGAAUCUCAUAUUUCCAGUACACAAACAUAGACUCUGGUCGGAAUAUCUUCAUCAUUGGAUUUACUAUGUUCAUGGCACUACUCACCCCUCACUGGUUCAUCCGCAACCCAGAUUACAUUGUAACAGGUGUGGAGAGUGUGGACAUUUUUCUGAUGGCCGUGUUCAUGAUGCCCGUCAUUCAAGGAGGGAUUCUUGCCUUUCUCCUGGAUAACACUGUUACAGGUGAACUUGCUAAUAUCAAAAAGACCUGA